AUGGCUGCUCCAGCUGUGACGACUCUGGCCCUCGCGGGGCCCAACGCCCGAAAUCCGGGAGAUUGGCCGUGCCAGUUCUGCAAAAAGGUGCAGUUUUCCCGUGAUAUCAGCUGCAAAGAUUGCGGGGCCCGCAGGCCCAUCUCAGGCACCUAUGGCACCCCCUUGCCUGCGGCCGAAGAAAAUCCGCUGCAAUCCCCGACAGGACAGCCUGGGGAUUGGACCUGUCCCAAGUGCAAGUCCACGAACUUCGCGCGGAAUCCAGUCUGUGGCAGGUGCAACUGUCCGAAACCUGAGACGGUGGAGGAGUACAAUCUUUUGGCCAUGGCGGCAGUUGGAUGUUUGCCAGGUCAACAUGGUAGCGCCAAGGGCUAUGUGCCACCAACAGCUCAACUUAAGAGUGAUGCUUCAUCACCUUGGGCGAGGCAAUGGUGCGCUGGGCCUGUGAAUGGUAUGUUUGUCGGUGAGACGAACCUACCUGGCUGGCUGACGGGGGCGAACAAAGAGGACGGAGGAUCUGAUUCCGAGUCCAACAGCCAGACCAAGAAAAGAAAGUUAGAGGCUCAAGGAAAUGCAGCCGCAAAGGCUGCCCCGAAAGGAGAAGCGAAGAAACGGCCAAAGAUCAAAAAGAAGUACUCCGGGUUAUCCAAGGAAGAAAUCGCCAAGAAAAAGGCGGAGGAGGAGGAGGAAAAGCGGCGGCAGAUGAGGGAACGCCGUAAGGAUCGUGUGAUCAAAGUGGACUAA